ACUCAGUUCAUCUUCAGACGUCGCCUGGCUCGCUGGCUCUUGGUUCUUGGUAGGAGUUCCAUUUCCAGACCCUAUUUAUUGUGCGUGACAAAAAAAAAGAAAGAAAAACAACGGAACCUGAAACAAUCGUAAAUUGAAAGCUCAGCAGGAUUGGUUUUAUAGUGCUUUUAGUGUGUGUGAUUUUGCCGCGUGAUAACCCAGAGUGCCACUCAUUCCCGUUCUCGUUUGCAGUUCAAGGAUAUAUUGUCAAGGCGAGGAUUGGUCAACGCCACGAACACCAAGCAUUUAUUGAAAAAUCUGAAACUAUUCACCAGAACCUCGCGUUAAAAUGCGCUUUCUUGUUCUCUCAACACUGCUUCUGGCCUCUUUGGCACUUGGCCAGGCUCAACAGCACGGUGGACUGGCCGUCGAAAUUCAGAAGCAGCGGCUGGUCAAAUUUCCCGAGGACUUUGAGCCCAAUGCGGCCACUCCGUCCUCGGAAAAGGCGGACGAGGCCAAGCGCAUCCUCGAGCAGAUAGCCAAGGUUAACGAGGCCUUUGGCUACGUGAAGAAGCAGCCGGAGCAGCCCAAGCUGCCACCGAUCCUUGAUUCCAGUCAAUACCUGUUCCCCAAGCCCGCCCAUCAGCCAUUUCACGCCCAUCAGCACCACUUCUCGGGAAGUAAUGGUCAGACCUUGUUAGAACCCUCAAUUAGGGCGGUGAAACUCACAAGAAAUGUGGCGGGCAGUUACAAUGUGCCUCCCAGGUUGCGCCAGGCAAUUGAGAGCACCUCCAAGGAGGAGAAGAAAGCGCAACUCUACUUCCGACCCAAACAGGUGGAGGUACCGAAGCCGAGUUCCGAACAAGAAGCACAGCAGCUGCCCGCCCACUUUGUGGUGCCCGUGCACCUGUACAAACUCAAUAAGGAGGAGUAUCUCAAGGAGCACGCCUCGCAGGAAUACAAGAUAAAGGGAUACAAAAUCAUUGGCGAUGUGGACAGCUUCUAUGGCAAGGCGAAGGCUGGAAGAAAACAGGGCAAGACGACGCCCAAGUAUCACCUGUUCUUCCUGCCCCGAGAACUGGCUCUCAAUGAAGAUGGCACCCCAAAAAGGGGUAAUUCCACCACCAUUGGUACGACCACCACAAAGGCUCCAGUGCCUGUGAACUUCAAGGAAUAUCGUUUGGACUCCCGCGAGAAGCCCGUGCAUAAGCCACAGAAGAUUCAGCCCACUUCGUCACCGGAAUUAAAUUCUUUGAACAGAAAGAAGGUUGGUUCCACAGCGAAACCCGUUCGCUUGAGUGGAAAGGAUGCUGAACAGCAAAUCUACCAGGGAUCCACAUCCCUUAAUAUCAAGGCUACAUCUGCGCCUGUCCUGUUGAGUUCUACUUUACCACCAUCUGGUGGCUUGCUGCCCAAUCGGAAUCGCUUAAGUCCAUUCCGCAUGCCCGGAAUGAAUAUAGCUGAGAUGCAGAAUCAGACCUCGACUGCCAUCAAGAAUGCCUUUCAAAACAUUUUCAAGCUCCCCUUCCGACCUCCAAUGGCGGCCACAGCUGGAGAAGGUCCUGUGGUUGUUGGCAAUGUUCCUGUGAAGAAUCACUCAAUCGAUUCGAUGGAUUAUAAAUGGGAGGAUGAAAACGAGGGCGCCGGCGAUGGGAUGGCCGAUGAUGUGGAUACCAUUGAGAACACAGCCGCGGAACUGGACAACAGUGCCUCCUCAGAGAAGCACUUGUUUGCUCACAAGGGCCAUCACCUGAUGCACACUGUGAGCCAGGUGGCCACCGCUCAGGAAAGCACCCAAAAGCAGGCAUUGCGCGAAGGAGGAAUCAUCAUUCAGCGGCUAAAGGUUCGCAGGGGCGGCAUCGCUAUCGCAGGACCCGGGGGCGUGGCCACGGCGGGCAGCGGAGGAACGGCGAUUGUUGGUCCCGGUGGCUAUGCUCUCACCCAUCCACGGAGUCUCACCAUCGCCGGUCCCGGGGCCAAGGUGAUCUCCAUACCGGCAGAUGUGGACCUUAAAGAUGCCCUGGCACGCACCGAUCUGGAGACGAGAAGUUUUCCGCGAGAGGGAAAGAUAGUGGCUACAGGACCAACGGUCUACUAUGCUCCACCCACGGGCACAACAACCAUGGAGGCGGAUCAGGGGGCGGGGCUGGAGACGGGCCAGUUCGAGUCCUAAUCCAGUUCGAGGCUUAAACCUAAUAGCUAUUAUUUAGCACAUUUAGUUAGGAUCCAUAGUUGGUAUUGUCUAGUGUUCUAAUAAAUAUUUGUAUUUCGU